AUGAGCGGUCACUUCGAUCCUUUCGUUACGACCUACAUCUCCAUCGUCGAAUACAGCACCCUUCUAAUAUCUAUUCGCAUUAGGCACGUCUUCAAAUACAAGACUUCUACCGAUGUGGCGUACCUGAUCACCAUUGCGAUCACUGCGUUCGUCGAGAGUCCCCGUAUCGAGGACCACGCUUUCAACACCGACGAGCAGAGAGCCCGUUUGUUCCCCGGUGUGCAGGACGUCUCUUUCUGUAGCUCGAUACGUCUCGUUGUCAACGUCAAAAUGGCCGAUGUCUGGAUGCGAUGCCUUGGCACGCCCCCGACGGGAAAGAACACAGCCGGUCUCAAGACUCUUCUCGAUGCCUGGCGCAAGAACAUCGAACAAGGUACCGCUCACGUC